AUGCUGGACCCGUCUUCCAGCGAAGAGGAGUCGGACGAGGGGCUGGAAGAGGAGAGCCGCGAUGUGCUGGUGGCGGCCGGCGGCUCGCAGCGAGCGCCGCCGGCCCCGGCUCGGGAAGGGCGGCGGGACGCGGCUGGGCGCGCGGGUGGCGGCGCGGCCAGACCCGUGAGCCCGAGCCCCUCGAUGCUGAGCGAGGGGCGAGACGAACCUGAACGGCAGCUGGACGAGGAGCAGGAGCGGAGGAUCCGUCUGCAGCUGUACGUUUUCGUCGUGAGGUGCAUCGCGUACCCCUUCAAUGCCAAGCAGCCCACCGAUAUGGCCCGGAGACAGCAGAAGCUUAACAAGCAACAGUUGCAGUUACUGAAAGAACGGUUCCAGGCCUUCCUCAAUGGGGAAACCCAGAUUGUAGCCGAUGAAGCAUUUUGCAAUGCCGUUCGGAGUUACUAUGAGGUUUUUCUGAAGAGUGAUCGAGUGGCCAGAAUGGUUCAGAGUGGAGGAUGUUCUGCCAAUGACUUCAGAGAGGUGUUUAAGAAAAAUAUAGAAAAACGGGUGCGGAGUUUGCCGGAAAUUGACGGCUUGAGCAAAGAGACAGUGCUGAGUUCCUGGAUAGCUAAGUAUGAUGCCAUUUACCGGGGUGAAGAGGACUUGUGUAAACCGCCAAACAGAAUGGCCCUGAGCGCUGUGUCUGAACUUAUUCUGAGCAAGGAACAACUCUAUGAAAUGUUUCAGCAGAUUCUGGGGAUUAAAAAACUAGAACACCAGCUUCUUUAUAAUGCAUGUCAGUUGGAUAAUGCAGAUGAACAAGCAGCCCAGAUCAGAAGGGAACUUGAUGGCCGUUUGCAGUUGGCUGAGAAAAUGGCAAAGGAAAGACGAUUCCCCAAGUUUAUAGCAAAGGAAAUGGAGAGCGUGUACAUAGAAGAGUUGCGGUCUUCAGUGAAUUUGCUAAUGGCCAAUUUGGAGAGUCUUCCAGUUUCAAAAGGCGGUCCAGAAUUUAAACUGCAAAAAUUAAAACGUUCCCAGAACUCUGCCUUUUUGGACAUAGGGGAUGAGAGUGAGAUUCAGCUGUCAAAGUCCGACGUGGUGCUGUCCUUCACCUUGGAGAUUGUCAUAAUGGAAGUGCAAGGUUUGAGGUCAGUCGCUCCCAAUCGAGUUGUUUACUGUACAAUGGAAGUGGAAGGAGGAGAGAAACUGCAGACAGACCAGGCGGAAGCCUCAAGGCCACAGUGGGGAACACAAGGAGACUUCACCACUACUCAUCCGCGGCCUGUGGUCAAAGUAAAACUCUUCACAGAAAGCACUGGCGUCCUGGCUCUUGAAGAUAAAGAACUGGGAAGGGUGAUAUUAUACCCAACUUCCAAUAGCUCCAAGUCAGCUGAGUUGCACCGAAUGAUAGUUCCAAAAAAUAGCCAGGACUCUGACUUAAAAAUCAAAUUGGCAGUGCGAAUGGAUAAACCACCACAUAUGAAACAUAGUGGAUAUCUGUAUGCCCUUGGGCAGAAGGUUUGGAAAAGAUGGAAAAAACGUUACUUUGUUCUUGUUCAGGUUAGCCAAUACACCUUUGCUAUGUGCAGUUAUAGAGAAAAAAAGUCUGAGCCUCAAGAAUUAAUGCAGCUUGAAGGAUACACUGUGGAUUACACAGAUCCCCACCCAGGCCUUCAGGGUGGGCAUAUGUUCUUCAAUGCUGUUAAAGAAGGAGACACUGUAAUAUUUGCCAGUGAUGAUGAACAGGAUAGAAUACUGUGGGUACAAGCCAUGUACAGGGCCACUGGACAGUCAUAUAAACCUAUUCCUGCAAUUCAAGCCCAGAAGCCGAAUCCUAAAGGAGGAAGUCUCCAUGCAGAUGCUCAACUUUCUGGUAAGGAUGCAGACCGUUUUCAGAAACAUGGUAUGGAUGAGUUUAUUUCUGCAAACCCCUGCAAGCUGGACCAUGCCUUCCUGUUUAGAAUACUCCAGAGGCAGACUUUGGAUCAUAGACUGAAUGAUUCCUAUUCUUGCUUGGGGUGGUUUAGCCCUGGCCAGGUCUUUGUGUUGGAUGAGUACUGUGCCCGUUACGGCGUGAGGGGCUGUCACAGACAUCUCUGCUACCUUACAGAACUGAUGGAACAUUCGGAAAACGGUGCUGUCAUUGAUCCAACCCUGCUCCAUUACAGCUUUGCAUUCUGUGCCUCUCAUGUGCAUGGCAACAGGCCUGAUGGAAUUGGAACUGUUUCAGUGGAAGAAAAAGAGAGAUUUGAGGAGAUAAAGGAAAGACUCUCUUCCCUUUUAGAGAAUCAGAUAAGCCAUUUCAGAUACUGUUUUCCCUUUGGACGACCUGAGGGUGCGCUGAAAGCUACACUUUCAUUACUUGAAAGGGUUUUAAUGAAAGAUAUUGCCACUCCCAUACCAGCAGAAGAGGUGAAAAAAGUGGUCAGAAAAUGUCUUGAGAAAGCUGCCUUGAUCAAUUACACAAGACUCACAGAAUACGCCAAAAUAGAAGGCCCAGCAGAAAAGGAAACAGAGACCAUGAACCAGGCGACUCCCGCGAGGAAGCUGGAAGAGGUUCUUCACCUAGCAGAGCUCUGCAUUGAAGUCUUACAGCAGAAUGAAGAGCAUCAUGCAGAGGGAAGAGAGGCAUUUGCCUGGUGGCCUGAUUUAUUGGCAGAGCAUGCAGAGAAAUUUUGGGCUUUAUUCACAGUAGAUAUGGAUACAGUGCUUGAAGCACAACCACAAGACUCCUGGGACAGUUUUCCUCUUUUCCAACUGCUUAAUAAUUUCCUCAGAAAUGACGCACUUUUAUGUAACGGAAAAUUUCAUAAACACUUGCAAGAAAUCUUUGUGCCCUUGGUUGUCCGCUACGUGGAUCUCAUGGAGUCCUCCAUCGCUCAGUCAAUUCACAGAGGUUUUGAGCAAGAGACAUGGCAGCCUGUCAAGAAUAUCGCCAACAGUCUUCCCAAUGUAGCUCUUCCAAAAGUUCCAAGUCUGCCUCUUAAUCUUCCACAGAUUCCUAGCUUUUCUACUCCUUCGUGGAUGGCUUCUUUAUAUGAGUCCACCAAUGGCUCAGCAACAUCAGAAGACCUUUUUUGGAAACUUGAUGCACUGCAAAUGUUUGUCUUUGAUCUUCACUGGCCAGAACAAGAAUUUGCCCAUCACUUAGAGCAAAGACUUAAACUAAUGGCCAGUGACAUGAUAGAAGCCUGUGUCAAAAGAACAAGAACCGCAUUCGAACUCAAGCUGCAAAAGGCAAGCAAAACCACUGACCUGCGCAUUCCAGCUUCUAUGUGUACGAUGUUUAAUGUGCUAGUUGAUGCCAAAAAGCAAAGCACCAAGCUCUGUGCCCUGGAUGGAGGACAGGAGUUUGAUAGUCAGUGGCAGCAGUACCAUUCCAAAAUAGAUGAUUUGAUUGACAACACUGUAAAAGAAAUCAUUUCACUCCUAGUUUCAAAGUUUGUUUCAGUGCUGGAAGGGGUGUUGUCUAAGCUCUCAAGAUAUGAUGAAGGCACUUUCUUUUCAUCCAUCCUGUCAUUCACUGUGAAAGCAGCUGCAAAAUAUGUUGAUGUUCCAAAACCAGGAAUGGAUCUGGCAGAUACCUAUAUUAUGUUUGUUCGGCAAAAUCAAGACAUUCUUCGAGAGAAGGUCAAUGAGGAAAUGUACAUAGAAAAGUUGUUCGAUCAAUGGUACAGCAGCUCCAUGAAAGUCAUCUGUGUGUGGCUGGCUGAUAGAUUAGACCUUCAGCUUCAUAUUUACCAACUGAAGACACUCAUCAAGAUUGUGAAGAAAACCUACAGGGAUUUCCGACUGCAGGGUGUGCUGGAAGGCACCCUGAACAGUAAGACCUAUGACACCCUACACAGACGUUUAACGGUAGAGGAGGCUACAGCUUCUGUUUCAGAAGGAGGAGGACUUCAGGGCAUCACAAUGAAAGACAGUGAUGAAGAAGAAGAAGGCUGA